AUGCGUUUUGAAAUUAGAGAUCAACCAGCUUUCACUCCUGGUGGAAUAUUAAACCCACAUGCCUUGGGUUCAAGAAAUUCACCAGGUUCUCAAGUAGCCAGUAAUCCGAGACAAGCAGCCUAUGAAAUGAGGAUGCAGAAUAAUUCUAGUCCUUCAGUAUCUCCUAAUACGAGUUUCACUUCUGAUGGCUCCCCAUCUCCGAUAGGAGGAAUUAAGCGAAAAGCAGAAGACAGUGACAGUGAACCUGAACCAGAGGAUAACGUCAGGCUUUGGGAAGCUGGGUGGAAGCAGCGGUACUACAAGAACAAAUUUGACGUUGAUGCAGCUGAUGACAAAUUCCGUUGUAAAGUUGUACAAUCUUACGUUGAAGGGCUCUGCUGGGUUCUUCGAUAUUAUUACCAGGGGGCUGCUUCCUGGAGGUGGUAUUAUCCAUUUCAUUAUGCACCAUUUGCUUCAGACUUUGAAGGUAUUGCAGACAUGCCUUCUGAUUUUGAGAAGGGUACUAAACCGUUUAAACGACUGGAACAACUUAUGGGAGUUUUUCCAGCUGCAAGUGGUAACUUCCUACCUCCAUCGUGGCGGAAGCUCAUGAGUGAUCCUGAUUCUAGUAUAAUUGACUUGUACCCUGAAGAUUUUGCUAUUGAUUUAAAUGGGAAGAAAUAUGCCUGGCAAGGUGUUGCUCUGUUGCCGUUCGUGGAUGAGCGAAGUCUGUGAGCUGCCCUAGAAGAGGUAUACCCAGACCUCACUCCAGAAGAGACUGGAAGAAAUAGUCUUGGAGGCAAUGUCUUAUUUGUGAGGAAACAUCACCCACUGCACGACUUCAUUUUAGAGCUGUAUCAGACAGGUUCCACAGAGCCAGUGGGUGUACCACCUGAACUAUGUCAUGGGAUUCAAGGAAAGUUUUCUUUGGAUGAGGAAGCCAUUCUUCCAGAUCAAAUAGUGUGUUCUUCUGUUCCCAUGUUACGGGAUCUGACACAGAAUGCUGCAAUCAGGUCAGUUUUCCAAAAUACGUGACAUUCGCCCAAAACACAGCUCUGAGCUUGCAGAUAAGUUUAAGAAGACCUCCGAUUCACGAGGAAAUGGCAGCUAUUAUUCCACCAGUGCUUUGAGAUUGGAGAGUCCCUGUAUUGCAGACCUCAGAGCAGAGCCUCUUGACUUUAAAUUAUGUGUAUUGUUAAGGUUACUGAUGUAACAAGCUUGUUUCUCAGCUUUCUGGUUUCCCCUGACAACUUCCAAUUCUUCCGGGAUUAGGCAAGUGGGAGGUAGGAAGUAGGAGUUUCUAGGGAUAGUUUGCUAUAUAGGAGCAAACAGACCUCUACAGCCCAGAGGCCCACACAGCGUCACUGUAUUAUAACAGGUUGUUUUAAUUAUGUUAUAGUUGUGGCCCUGCAGAGUUUAAAAAGCAGACUGUUAUAUACUUGAUCUUGGUUAAGUUGAGAUAGAAUGAAUUUGUGGAAAUUUUUAUCAAUAAUUAUUAUAAACUUAAAGGGGUAAUUUCU